AUGCAAGAUAGGUCAAUAGUAUCAUUACCUAAUGUUGAGGGUUCAAUUCCAAAAACACUAAUGACUUCAUUGGACUCAAAUGAUCCUAAUUCGGACAAUAUGUUCUCUGAUUCGAAAGAGGUCAUAAUUCCUUUAUCACCAUUGAAAAGAGCAAUUACAACUAAUACGGAUAAUGGAUAUUUACCGGUUCAAGAUUCGGAUAGUAAAAGGAUUUCACGGGCAUCAUCUGGCUCAGAUUCAUUACCAUCCUGGGCUUACGCGUAUUAUACUCUUCCAUCAGACAGUAACAGGGAUACCCUUUUGCAAGAUAGAACAGAUGAAUCAGACAUAAUCAUGUCGGAAUCCUCUGCGGCAGCUGGCGUUGGAACGCCUGAUUAUAAUAAUAAGAAAAGCAAUUCUCAAAAAUCCCCUUCGAGUCGUAGUAAACCUUCUCGUUUUUCAUUUAAACUACCUUCAACGACAAGUUUUCAUACAUUAUCACAACGAGCAUUUCAUUACUCAAGGGAACCUUUUAAUAUAUGUCCAUUCGGUUCGGUUUUGUUUACGAUGGGAUUUAUAUUUCCGCCACUUUGGUGGUUUGGAUCCUUUUACCCUCGGCAUUUAAAAUCUACCUCUGAUUUUCGAUGGAAAAGAUACAAUCGAUUAAUGUCAAUUUUUUCGUUCUUCUUGAUAGCUGGUAUACUGGCUAUAACAAUUUGGUAUUUAAGAUAUUAUGUAGAACCGGAUGAAUUCAAAUUGGUAUAA